AUGUUGCGUUCGCGUUUAGGGACGUUUGUUCGAAACGAUAUCUCCAAAAUUCAAUUAAUUAAUUCGACUAAUCUUCUUCAUACCUCAUCGUGUCACGAAUUUAAAAGAUUGACGAAAAGAAGAGACGACAAAUCUUGCGAUAUUCCUAAAAUCGCUAUAAUACUUUCGGGUUGCGGUAAUCUAGACGGCACGGAAAUAUCCGAAUGCAUGUCAGCAACGUUUCACAUAUGCGAGAAAGGAAUGAUUCCAAAGUUUUAUGCACCGGACAUGGACAUAUGCGAGGUUAUCGAUCAUUACACGAAAGAACCCGAUUGUAAUUCUCCUCCAAGAAACGCAUUAGUCGAAUCUGCUAGAUUAUCUCGUUUUUCUAUUCAACCGUUAUGCGAAUGCGAAGCUUGUCAUCACGCUGGUUUAGUACUUCCAGGAGGAUUCGGUGCUGUUCGGACAUUAAGCGAUUUUGCAAGCAAAGGAUGCGACUGUACAGUGAUACCUGAUUUAGAAAAAUUGAUUCAAGAUUUUUCCUGCGGAAAAAAACCGAUAGGUGCCAUAUGCAUAACAAGUGUUCUACUUGCUCGAGUUUUACAAGGCGUUAAAAUAACACUCGGUAAAGAUUGCUCGCAGGAUGACUGGCCGUACGCGGAAGCGAUUAGCAUAGCAAAACAGAUGGGUGCGAAGGUGGAGAUGAAGGAUGUGAAGGGGGUUACCAGGUGUAAAAAGUACAACGUUUUCAGUACUCCUGCAUGGAUGUACAAACGUGGAACGUAUGCGGAAAUAAAUGCUGGCAUCGGGAAACUCAUCACGAUGUUGAAGAAGUGCAUUCGACAGUGAAAGUUUACAAGUGAUGGAAAGUUGCUCGAUACGGUCGACAAUUCAGAUUUGUCUGUUUUCCUUUUUUCUUUUUCUUAUCACAUAGUAUAUAAAUACACAUAUACAUACA